AUGGCCACCUCAGACAUCGUCCAAGGAAAAUGGAACCCUAUCCAAGAAGAGGAAGAGGAAGAUCAAGAUCAAGAAGAAGAAGAAGCAUUGUCACUUUCCGAUCUUCCAAUCAACCUCAACGACCAACCGAGACACCAAGAACAAGGCUCUGCUGUCAACCAAGCAACGCAAGAGGAAUUCAAUUUCCGCUCCUGCGGUGCUCCCUUCUCCAAACAACCCGAAAUGUGUGUGGCGGAUGAAGUUUUCUUCAAAGGCCAAAUCCUCCCAUUGCGUGUCUCGUUCAGCUCCGAGGCUGGGUUAUUAGCCACACUAUCACAAUCUCAACCACAUUAUGGUAAGCACUUUAUCAACGAAUCCUUGGAUUUUCCGAGUAACAGUAGCAGUAGCAGCAGCAGAAGCAGUAGUCUUAGAAGUCAAAACUCAUCAACCAGCACCACUAGCUCCAGUACCAUCACCACCACAAAAACUGUUACUACAGUACCUCUGAGAACAAAGCCCAGAAUUCGAAACCAGUUUCACAUGCACCCAAGUCCAAAGCCUCAGUUAAGGGCACCCACCCCAACACAAUUGUCAAGCCUGGGUAACCCAGGUAGAAAAUCAACGUCAGCAUGGGGAAUUUUCCGUCUGGGUGUGGUCCCUGCUCCCGAGAUAGAAUUGCAAGACCUGAAGGUUCGCAACAGAUCAAACUGUGUCAGUCGCAACAGUAGUAGCAACAGCAGCAGCAACAACAGUGCGAAAAGUGUGAAGAGGAGUAACAGGAAGAAGGGCAAUGAUGGUGUUUUGAAACAGUUAGUGGGCAAAGGCGGUGGUCUAUUGAGUGGUUGUGAUUGUUCAUUCCAAACAGUGCAACCGAACAACAUGGUCAUGAUAAAAGGUGGUAACGGUGGUGGUAAAAGUAGCAACAAGACAGAAAGUACAGGGCACGCCGCGAAAGAAAAAGUGGUAGAGUUGAAGAAGCAGAGGCAAAAGCAGGGAAAGAAGGUUACGUCACGUCGUCGAACGUUUGAAUGGAUAAAGGAGCUUCAUGCAAGUCACCCUGGUGAUGAUGAUGACGAAGAAGAGGCUUUGUUAUCAAACGCAUGA